UCAAAACCACCUUGAACAAUUCAGGUAAGUGCUAAAGUUGAAACUUUUACUUAUGUAACUGCAUGUACAAAAAAAAAUACAAUCAUUAUCCUCAAAGCAUGAGACCUUCAAUAUUUAUUUUGAAAUCCUUUUUGUAACCAUUAUUUGGUUGGCAUACGGUAUGUUCACAAUUAAGUGGAUUGUAUGUUGGAUCAUUUUUUGUAUGACAGCACAUAGUAUAAGCUGGGAUCAAAAUUUUAUCUGAUAAUAAUAAUUUCCCUUCAGCUUAACACAUGAGCCGGUUAAAGCCAAAGUGGUGUAAGUCACUUUUUCUGUUAUUCUGAGUUAUAUGUAGGAAUGCACCCUACAACCUAAAAAUGGUUUGUGGAUAAAUGGUGGAAGUCAUAGCUUUGUAAAAUAACUCACAGAUUGCAGCACACAUAUUACAUGACAAUGGAUUAGUAUUAUUGUUUUCAGCCAAAGUGGUGUAUGUCUGACUUACACCACUAUGCUUUACAACAAUAUGUUUAGACAUUUAUUUUUUGUUAGUUGUGUUACAGACAUGAAGUUAUAUGUUGAAUGAGUGUAAGGUUUGUGUUUCGUAAACGAUAAUAUGUGUGAUUCAGACAAAGACAGGCUAAGUGAAUCGGGAUCAGAAUAUAUACCAUCUGAAUCGGAGUCUUCAGAAUCAGAUGUACGUAAGGAAACAACACCACUCGUAGAGGCUCUUGGUGAUGCCAUGGACAUUACAGACGAUGAAAGUGAAAAAGGAAGGACACCGCGAACACGAAAGAGGAAAUGUUAUCUAAGCAAGAAAGAGUAUCGGAGAAAGAAAAGAAACUCUGGUAAGGCUUACAGAACUUUAAAAGGUAAAAAAGUAAGUGAGAAAAUUUUCAGUAAUUUAAAUUGCCACUGUAGAAUGAAGUGUUUUGACAAGGUAGAUGAAGAAGAUCGUAAGAAAACAUUUGAAAACUUCUGGAAUAUUGGUGUAUUUAGUUGCCAAAAUGCUUUUCUGUGUGGGUUAAUCAAACAAGAAAAGCCAAAGGUAAGACGUCCUAGAGAUAAUUCAAGACAGGCAAAGAUAGCGAUUAACCAGUAUUAUAUUCCAAUUGGUGGAAACAGUGUCAAGGUUUGUAAAAAGUAUUUUCUUGACACCUUCCAAAUAUCUGAUGGCAGAAUGACCAGAGCUAUGAAAAAAGUGCAGACUGGAGAACAACCUGGAGCAGACAAACGGGGAAGUGGUACUCCUGCUAAUAAAAUUCCUGAAGAUAAAAUAAAUAAAAUACGAGAACACAUAUCAAAUUUUCCAAUGUAUCAAUCCCAUUACACUAGAGCCCAUAACCCAAACAGAAAAUAUUUGUCUUCAAAUUUGAAUAUUCGCUUGAUGUACAACCUGUAUCAAGAAGAUUGCAAAAACAAAGCAAUUAUACCAGUAAAAGAAGCCAUUUACCGUAGAACCUUCAAUAGCGAUUUCAAUUUGCAUUUCCAUGUACCCAGUAAAGAUACAUGUGUAAAAUGUGACCAGUACAAAAUCCUCAAAACUGCUCCUGCUGUAGAUAAAAACGAGAAAAGGAAGUUAGAAGUAGAACAUGAACUUCAUUUGUGGAAGGCAGAGGCAGCACGGCAGUCUAUGAAGCGUGAAAAAGAAAAAAGUGACCGUGAUUCUCUUUACUAUGUGUUUACUUUUGACUUGGAGAAAGCCCUUCCUUUUCCAACAUUGACAUGUUCAGUUGCCUAUUAGAAAAGGAAUAUGCAUGUUUACAAUCUUGGCUGUCACGAGCGCUCUAGUGGUUUGGGUUUCAUGUAUGUAUGGGAUGAAACAACAGCUUCACGAGGUGCACAGGAAAUUGGCUCCUGUGUUACAAAACACAUUGAUGCAAGGGCUGCAAAAAGUACCCAUGUGGUUAUGUACAGUGAUGCAUGCACCGGUCAGAACCGAAAUAUAAAACUUGCAUUAAUGUGCAUGAAAGCCGUCCAGAGUGACAAUAAUGUCAAUAUCAUCGACCAUAAAUUUAUGGUGAGUGGCCAUUCAUUCUUGCCAAACGAUUCAGAUUUUGGUUCUGUAGAGGUUUAUGCUAAGACUCGUACAAUGUUUAGUCGAGAAGACUGGUACACAGCAAUUGCAAAAGCAAGAAGAAAUAAACCCUUUCAUGUUACAGUCAUGACCAGUGAAGAUUUUAUGUCAACAAAAAAUCUUGAGCAAGCUGUUACAAACAGGAAAAUCAAUGAAAGGAAGCAGCCUCUGUCUUGGCUGAAAAUGCAAUGGAUUCGUUCCACACGACACAAGCCAUUUACUCUGUUUUACAAAGAAACCCUAAAUGAAGAUUACCCUUUUGAAUCCAUAAACUUAAAACCAGCAAAAGUUGGAAGGCCUAUUUCAAUUGGAAACAUUCAAUUGGAUAAGUUGUACAAAGGUCCUCGACCUGUGACCGCAGAGAAGAAGAAAGACAUGGUGGAUCUUCUUCCAUACAUUCCACCAAUUUAUCACGACUACUUCAAGAACUUGAAAACAUGUGGUAUUUCCCAAGAUAGUGGUCCAAUGGAAAUCAUUGAGGAAUUAUAGUAUGGAAAACUAAGAGUGUAAACAUCAUAGUGGGACAUUUUAAUAUUUUUAUCAUCGCUAUGUUCUUGAAUAUAAUCAUAGUUAAUAUUGAUUUAAAAAUAGUUUAAACAGUUAGAAGGUUUUUAUGUCUUUUUGUAAUAAUAUUCUUGUCUUUGCAAUUCUCUUAGGUGUAUUAUAAAAUCUUAAGACUAAUGGGCAAGACAAUCUCGUAAACAAAGAUUGUAAGACGAAGUUAGUUUUACGUUAGUGUAAUAAUAGUGGCUAUAGAACUUAGGUAAUGCAUAUGAUAAUUAUAUUUAUAAAAAUUAUAAUUCCUACUAAAUAACUUCUUAUUAUAUCAUCAAUAAUACACUAAUUUUUAUGGUGUUUUAGUAAUAGAUAGGUCAUGCACAUUGAUAACCUUUAAAAGUAUUCCUGUAAUCAUUAAAAACCAAAGUGGUGUAAGUCACUUCCAUGCAUUAUUUAACAGAUAUUAAAAUCGUCAUUGUAGUUAAAAAUGGCUGAAAAGUUACAUUCAUAUAUUAUAGACAUAAAUAUAUAAUAUUUAAGUGGUACAUUAGGUCUUAGAAUUUACAAUAACCAAUCUUAUAAAACCUUAUGUAUCUCAAAACAGGUAAAAUGUGACCUACACCACUUUGGCUUUAACCGGCUCACAUAUUAAAAUAUACCUUGUUAUUUAUUUUUUCCCCCACGUAGAUCUCUAAUAAAUCUAAGGGUUAUAAUGAAAAUAAAUCUAAAAAUAAGUAGUUCGGUUACACUGCAUUGGAUGGAAAAGUUAAUUUUAUUUCUUCAUUUGUCACACAAAUUGGUUUGGAAGGGUAACUUUGUUUUUUAGUAUUUUCACAUUACCUCUUUUCACCUCUGUGUGGUGAACAGUUACCUCUACUUUAUAAAUCGGUGUUUUAGUUUAUGAAUUGGUUGAUCUUAACACCGAGCACUUAAGUACCAAAAAUAUCAAACAAAGGGCUGGAAAUGUACUUAAAUUUUAAUUGCCAAUAACAAAUUAAUGCACCAUCUUAAUCAAUAUUUUUUAUUUAUUUAUUUUAUUUUAUUUAUAGUUACGUUCCGUCGACCAUGAAUGAGCAAAUGCUCAAUGGUGUAGAACAUGUCAGUAUAUACAAUACAAUACAAAAUAAAAAAAAAUAUAUAUAUAUAUACAAUUCAGAUGUUAACACACAAGUUAUGAUUAUCAAUACAAUUUAAAAAUUCAUCAACAGAAUAAAAUGUUUUUGAGAUAAGAUAUUCUUUUAAUUUAUAUUUAAAAUUUUUACUUUUACUUUUACAUAGUUGUUUUAAAGUUAAUGGAAGAUUAUUAAAUAACUUCAAAGCAGUAUUAUAUAUGCCUUUCUGCUGUAAAGUAGUUCUUGCCCGAGUUAUAUGCAAGUCAUCACAUUUUUUAGUUUCGUAUGGAUGUAUUGCUGAAUUUGGCUUAAAAAUAUUCAGAUUUUUAUUUAAAAACACUAAAACUGAAAAGAUAUAUUGACUUGGCAAUGGGAGAAUACAUAGUUUAUUAAAAAGUGGUUUGCAUGAAUCUCUUUGCUUGCUAUUACAAAUAAUCCUUAUGGCUUUUUUUUGUAUUAUAAAGACUUUAAUAGCUUCCGAGCUAUUUCCCCAUGAAAUUAUACCAUAUUGCAUUAGUGAGUGAAAAUACCCGAAGUACAUUAAUUUCAUAACCUCAACAUCAACUUUCCCAACCAUAACAGCGAAGAGCAAAACAUGCAGAUGUUAGUUUAUUACAUAAUACCUCUAUGUUCUUUUUCCAAUUUAUUUUUUCAUCAAUUAUUAAUCCCAGAAAUUUCGCAUAAUGAGACUGAUGUAGAUUUUUAUUUAAACAAGAAAUAUUAAUAUCUUCAUACAUUUGGUUUCUUGUUAUGAAGUUAACAAAAUUUGUUUUAUCAAAAUUUAAAGUUAAUUUAUUAGGCUUAAACCAAGAAAUCAUUAGUUUGAGUACAUUUUCAGAUUCCUCAAUUAACUGGGUGCGAGACAGAUUUUGUAUUAUGAUACUAGUAUCGUCUGCAAACAGAAUAGCAGAAGCUCUUUCAUCAAGCAUAUGUGGUAAGUCAUUAACAUAAAAAAGAAAGAGCAAGGGACCUAAUACCGAUCCUUGAGGCACACCAUGCUCUAUACAUCCUGAGCGAGAGACAAACUUUUUAUUGGAACAGGUAUCCACUAACAUUACACUUUGUUGUCUGUAAUAUAAAUAUGAGAUUAGAAGUUUUUGAAGCUGACCAACAAUACCAUAAAAAUCCAAUUUUUUAAUCAGUAUACUAUGAUUGACACAGUCAAAGGCUUUUGCUAGGUCACAAAAUAUACUAACUACAUGAAGUUUAUUAUCUAAUGCUGUUUGGAUAGUAUUUACAAGGUUGAAUAUAGCUUCAUCAAUAGAUUUUUUCUUCCUAAAGCCAAACUGUGAUGAUGUUAAUAUUUGAUAUUGGUCUAAGUGAUCAAGUAAUCUCCUAUAGAUGACUUUUUCAAGGAUCUUAGAAAAUGUAGUCAAUAACGAAAUUGGCCUAUAGUUUUCGAUAUUAGUUUUCUCACCUUUCUUAUGUAAUGGAAUAAUUACAGCGUAUUUCAUCCUAUCAGGGAAGGUACCUGUAAUUAAACAGAUAUUGCAAAUUAAACUGAGAGGCUUAGAUAAUUGAUCAGAACACUGCUUGAUUAUUUUACUACUAAGCUCAUCAUAACCAUGAGAAGUUUUUGAUUUCAUGUUUUUUAUGAUUAAACUUAUUUCAUGAGGAGUUACAAGGGAAAAUUGAAUUUUAGGAAAUUUUUUGGAAAAAGCAUUUUGGACAAACUCUAAAGGGUCGUGAGAAGAUUGAAGAUUAGUUACUAAGUGAUUUGCAACAUUUAAAAAAUGUUUAUUGAAAGCAUUAGAAAUAUCAACUGGGUUUUCAAUAGUAGAUUCUUUUAAUUUUAGGGAUAUCUUAUCAUUUUUAUUAGGAUGUCUCGAUACUUCUGUUUUAACAAUAUCCCAUAUAGAUUUAAUCUUGUUAGAAGAAUUAGAGAUAAUUUUAUGAAAAUAUUUACUUUUUGCUGCUAAGAUUUUUUUAUUAAGAAUCUUACUAUAAUGUUUGUAUAGCAGUUUGUCUUUGUCAAGAUUAGAUACCCUAGCUGUAGUAUAUAGGUUACGUUUAAUUUUACAAUCAUUUCUUAUUUCGUUAGUUAUCCAUGAAUUUACCUUUCGCUGAGACGUGUUUACAGUUACUACACGGCAGCAUGUCUCAAAGAAUACUAAAACAGUGUUAAGAAAACAAUUAAAUUGAAAGUUGGCAUCAUUUACUAUUUCUAAGAAAUCCCAUGUUUCAGUUGCAAGUAAUAAUUUAAAUUGCUCAAUGGUUUCUUUAUUUAUUUGCCUGCGUGAAUUUUUUAUACAAUUAGAACUAUUUACUAAUUUAUGAUGUAAUUCUAUAACUUGAGCAUCAUGGUCAGAUAUGCCAUUCACAACAGAAGCUACCAUAAUUUUAUCACUUUGAGAUUUAUCAAUAAAAAUAUUGUCGAUACUGAUUAUAGGCAGUUGACUGAAAACAUACAUUACAGUCAAUCACAAACUUUCUAUCUUCAAAUCCAGUGUAUGAAAUUCAAUUAUUCCAUUUCAGAACAAGUAACACACAUUAUUUUACCUCAAAUACUUGCCCCCACAUUACUGCAAUGUUUUUUUUAAGUACAACUAUAUGUUUGGUACAUAUUUAGGUAUACAACUCAGGCACAUCAAACACCUCAAGGCAUUACCAAAUUUUCCAAUCACUGUUCCUCCUUUGCUGUUUUAUCUUUAAGAGUACUAACCAUUUUCGAAAAAAAAAUUCUUAGACACACAAAUCAGAAAACUGGGUGUUGUUAAACAAUCCCUGCAGCUGUUUGGUUCUUAUAUUAUAAUAAAAAAAUAUAUAAAUUCUACACAAAAUUAAAUAUGAGUCAUCACAUUAUCUUAGCACAGUACAUGUUCAUUUUUGAUAGAUGGUGCAUAACUACAGCAAGAAACACCCAAUGUAUUUAAAUUGUCAGCCACAGUAUACAUUCAUUACACAUACGUAUAUCACUGAUUACAUCUGAACUGAUAGGUCUUCAGAGCUCUGAGCAUGGUUUCCUGGGUUGUGCAUUCUUGCAGUCGUUGCAAAGAGAACAUCUUGGGUGUUAUCAUUUACUGCUGCUCACCAACACAUGGAAAAAAAAAAUUAUAACAGACACUAAAAAACUUAGAAACAAUUAUGCAUCAUGUUGUAAAUAGUGUUAAUAAAUAUUUCUAUGUGCUACUGAUUGCAAUCAAUAGUUUCCAAAUGCAGAUUCUCUAUGUGACCGAUGAAUUUACUUUGAUUCACUCUUUGUAAAUAACAAAUAUAACAUUAG